UUGGGGCCCCUCCGGAUGCCAUCACUAAUAUAUACUCUUUGAGACGACUGGUCUGGAUCACGAGGUGCGAGGCACAUGCGCGUGGUGUGCUUGCACUGCUUGAGGCGAGACGCUGAGAACUGCUAAGGAACUGUCUAGUUCGCUCCAUAUAGAACCCAUUCGUGCAUAUUACUAUUUUUGUUGCACUCUUUGAUCCAAGAGAAAUCCAAAACUUUGUUUUGUGAGAAUAUGAAGAUCACGUGCAGUAUUUGCCGAACUUUAUUUGUGGCGACAGAUGUCGUGUUUAGAACAAAAUGUGGCCAUUUGUUUCACUUUAGGUGCUUGAAAUUGUGGUUGAAGGGGUCGAAGUCAUGCCCACAAUGUCGAGCAAAAUUGAACGAAAAACAAGUAAGCCGAAUUAAUUUCAGUUUGGACCUACGCAAUGCACAUAGGCCUAAAGAGGUCACCCAAGUUCUGAACAAUAAAGUUCACAACUUAAAACGUAAUAUGUCGUUAAAGAAUAGAGAGUUACAAGAAUGCAAUGAAGAAAUAAAAAAACUCAGGAUGAAGGAAACCAAAAUGAGGGAUGAAAGAGACUUCUGGAAAGCUGAAGUUAGUUGUAAAAGAUCAAAUAACAAGAUUUUAAGAGAAGAGUUUGAAAUUAUGAGAAAGAGAAAUAAUUUUUUAGAAUCUUGUCGUACCGAACGUGAACGCUUACAGAAAGAAGUCAGAUUCUUGGAAAAUAUGGAGAUCGUCCGAACAGGGAGUUUAGAGAAAGUUGAUGAAAUUCUCAAAGAUUAUAGAGUCUCCACUAAAGCUAAUGAUUUAGUAUCAAAUACAUCUUUUUUAAAGCAAGAAAUGCUACGCUCAGUUGCCGAGAAGGAGGGACUUAUUAAUAAACUCCAUGAAGCAGAAUCUAAUGUUGUGUCUUUGACUGAGCAGAAACAAGCCUGUAAGGGAUGACAGUGGCAAUUGCCAACAAAACUAAAGUGCCCUAAAUCAGAAGUAAAUAAAUCUGCUGUUUUAAGUGAAAUAUUUGAAGAGUUGUAGUGUUAGUUACCAGAUUUAGAUGAUCUCAGCAUUUGACACCAUUACAUUACUGUGAUGUAACCAUACGAAAUGUCACCUUAUUUCUAAAGUGGAGUGUUGACAAAGUUGUUGAGGUGAGGGUUCAAUGUAAGAAAGAUAAAUACUACUUUUUACAUUGGUAUCUAUUUAUGUAAUUUCAAAUUUCUUUUAAUACAUAGUUUGUCUGAAUUUUAAAAAUUAUUCCCAAUGUUAAAAUUUGCAUAUUAGGAACGUGUUGAACCUGAAAAAAAUGCUGUCUCCUGAGUUUUGUAAGAAAUUUCAUUGACCAUCCUGUAAAAGGUUACUUCUCCAUUAUCUUCCAUGAUGCAAGUUGUUUGGGUUUUGAGUAGCUUAUCAAUAAAUGUUUUUCUACCUAUUUACUCUAUUAUGCUUUGUUUUCCAAUAUUUGUUUCAUUAACUUUACACACAAUUGAAAGCCAAUCUCCAAGUAUGUUCAAAAGGACUUUCUCAGCUGAGAAUGAGAACUAAAUGUGAAUGCAAUAAUAUAUUUUGUUCAUGGAAUAAAUGUUAAAUUAUAUUUGACUUAGGGUGCUGAAAGCUCUUGAUGCAUUGUCAUUCUAAAAAGCUUUGUGAGGUGGUGAGUAAUGAAUUUAUUUUUUAUAUACAUUCACAUUUUCAUUAACCUGUUUUUGCCCAGGUAUUUUUGUAACAGAAUUUUAAAAUAAGAGGGUUUUUUCACAUGAAGCAUCUAAGACAUUAUC